GACUCAGUUUGGAUUACGUGUCUUACAGCUCCAAUUCGCUCGAUCUUUGCUCACCUAACCAUGGCGAACGCUCCUCCACCACCUCAACCCGAGCCCAUGACCAUAGAUGGCUCAGCCGUCGAUUCCGUCCUCUCAUCCUCCUCUCACCUAACUCAUGAGGAAGUCGUGACUCGCCGAUCUCGCCGAAUCAAACAACUCUCUAAGAUCUACAGAACGCAUUACUGGGCACUAAUGGAAGAGCUCAAAACCAAAUACAAGGAGUAUUACUGGAAAUAUGGAAAGAGCCCUUUUAAAGAAGACGACAAGAAGAGAAAGAGAGACGAUAGUAAAGAGAAUUUGGGAAACGGAGUUGGAGAAUCGAAUGGCAAAUUAGGGUUUAAGGGGGACGAGAGCCAGGACGACGAGGGUCAGGGGCUAAGGAAGUGUGCGGUGGGCGGGUGCAAGGCGACACCGAUGGCGUUGACGAGGUUUUGUCACUUGCAUAUACUUUUGGAUUCCAAACAGAAGCUGUAUAAAGGCUGCACCUUUGUCGUUAAAAGUGCCCAGGGAAGACCUGUCGUCUGUGGGAAGCCAAUUCUCAGUUCAACUGUCCCUGCCCUCUGUCCCCCACAUUUUCAAAAGGCUGAAACAUAUGUAGCACGUGCAUUGAGAAAGGCAGGUCUUAAUGUCUCUUCACCGAGUAAGAUUGCUCCCAAAUUUCAUGUCAUAGUCAGAGAAUUCGUCCACCAAAUCCAGAGCAAAAGGAGAGCUUCCCAGAAAGAAAAUGUUGCAAAAGUUCAAAUUGAGAAUAAAACUUCAUGAGGCUCAUAAAUGUUCAAUGAAUCAUGAUGUAUAUUUUUGUAAGCUGUUGGUGGAGCUGACAAGAUGUAAUAGCGUGAUGGGAAGAGCUUUGGAUGUUGGACUUGUGCAUUGAAAUAACAACAUUUUUGUGCAUAUUGAGGAUAUGAGGUGUUCAGGGGUACAUAAUACAGACUUUGCAAUAAUCGAUUCCAAUCUAUGUGGGAAGCACAGAUCCUGCAAACUUGAUGAAGAAGCUCAUUGCAGUGUAAGCAAAAUGGAUUGAAGUAAUCAGUGUAUAUGCAUGCCUGUAAAUGUUAAUAUGUGGGAGAGUUAUAAUGGUUUUGGCUGACAUUGGAAAGAGCAUUAGUAGGAAAGCAGUAAAAUUUUUAUUUGUUCAUUUGAUAUAUUUUUUAUGUUGUUGGAUAGGAAAUAGCAGAGAACCUGGUUGAUUGGAAAUAGAAUUCAUUUACAUUUGUAACUUUCUUAAUGAUAUGGUUGCGUGUAAUUGGAUAUUA